GCGCUUUUAGGUCCCCAAUUGUGCAAUAAUCUCGUUCAUUGGCCAAAAAUGCCACGUUUUGAAGCAGUCAAGACUGAUUUUCCGGUUAUGUCUUGAUUUCUUUUGCUUUUUAAUCCACAAUCCAUUUAAAACGUCGUAAUGCUGUAGAGUGUGGGUCAAGAAACUCAGACUCCAUUUGUCUCUUCCAUUUUUCCGAACCCAAUUAAGAUGCCACAUUUUUUAUAAAUUUCGGAGCUUUGCUCCAUCUGUACUCCGUUGAAUCAAAGAAACUAAAAUGACUUGGUGUCUAAAAAUCUUGAAUUUAGACGUGUUUCUGUCCACGAUGUACCUCCGUUUUCUUAAGAGCUGUUGACGUCAAAAGCGGCGACUGCAAUUCAUAGCCAAAAAGAACAACUUUUAAAGUCGAUGUUUUGUUUUUUCGGCGCUAAAAGCAAUAAUUGAACUGUGAACCAAAACUUGAAAACACCAGGUGAAAAUUAAAGAAUUAACAAGGGAAGCAUAAUUUAGAUACUCAGAUCAGUGCUGUAUAAGCAAUGAAAGUUGAGAGAAAUUUUCACUGGAAGAUUUAAAGCGAUGAACGAAAGCAGGCUAACCCUCGAGAUAAUACCGCCUAAAUGCAGUAUUUAUAUUUUACUGGGCGGAACACUGCCACCUUCUGCCACUGAAGUCAAAGCCCUUCUUAUUUUCUUUGCAGUAAUCAGCAUCGUCGCAUUUCCUUUAACUGCCGCCUUAAACGUCUUGGUUAUAAUGGCCCUGAAAACAAAUUCCCAAAUGAGAGCCAGCAAGUCGUGUACACUUCUCGCGAGUUUGGCCACGACCGAUUUGAUGGUGGGUGUGAUUGUUCAACCCAUGUUCACAGCGUUAAUGAUAACCAUAGUUCGAGGAGAGACAACGACUAAAACGUGUACACUGCAAAAAGUCGUCCAAUUUUUCACGAGUGUUCUGUGUGAUACUUCUCUGAUCCACCUUGCCUUAAUAAGUGGGGAAAGAUAUCUAGCCAUGAAGUACACUUUAUCGUACAAUACCGGACUAGUCACGGAGGCUCGUUUGCUAACUUGUUCUGCACUGGCCUGGUUAUUUUCCCUUAUUCUACACAUUCCUCUUAUUAUUGACAGGAAUUUAUUUUUCAUCAUCAAUAACACAUUUGUACUCCUAACUCUCGCCAUCAUUGUUUUCUGCCAAAUCACCGUCUGUCGUGAAGUUCGACGACACGAAAAGCAACUUUCAACUCAGCAAGUUACGGAAGAGGCAAGGCAGAAAUUUCUGAAAGACAAAAAGGCUUUUAAACUGACAGCUAUCAUCGUUUCAUUGCUUUUCAUCUGUUAUAUACCUGUGUGCGUCUUUAGAGUUAUUCUUAUAAACGUUCGCAGUAUCAUGUCUAUACAGACAGCGUAUGCAUGUUUCUUUUCAGCCGUGUGGGUGGUAAUAAUGAACUCGUUCCUAAAUCCAAUUGUUUACUCGGUCAGAAUGAGACAGUUUCGCGUAGCGUUUGUUGAUUUGAGGUGUAGACUGACUACAAACAUUGCUGAAGCGGAAGAAAUUGAGAUGGAAGUGUUUGGAUCGCAUAACGCCGUAGGACAAGCAGGACAAGGACGCGAAGGAGCGCAGCAACACGCAGAGCAAGGAAAUGUGAACAACACUAACGAUGGCAGCGAUGAAAUGCUGCAUCAACAGGAAAAUCAUAUCGAACAGCUAAGCGACAACUCGAUCAUAAAACCUGUACACCGCCGCCAUACUAUAUAAAUCGCGCAAUGAAUUUAAUCAAUAGACAUUAUAAAUAGUUUCUUAACGUUGCAUUAUUUAAAUACUUAUGUGUUUGCUCCAACUAGUGUGAAAAAUAAAUGGAAUUUUUAACCUCGUUCCCAGUGCAUGAUCUAUCCUUACUUCGUGACGUCAGGAGUUGGCCGCGAAAAACACUGAAGGGAAUGGUACCAAAAUCAAUUGCUUAGAGAGAAUGUUUUGCUUUCUCUGAAGAUCUCCUCGCACCAUCAUUUUUCUUUCAGUAUUUUACAUCAUUGUGGGAGGCGCG